CAUGUAUGCGUUGCGCUGUGGUGUUUGAUGGCGCCAAGCGACUGAAGAGGUAACCAUGAUGAUGAGGUGGCUUAAUUAUGGUUAGGAGUUAAACUGAAAAUGCUGUAAAGGAUUUGUAACUGUUCUUGAACUUAGUGCCUAUUGUGACUGGAAUAGUACAGAAUAAUCUGGUUUAAAAGGUAUUCAACAUUAAUUUCGCCACCUGCUAGUGCAGGCAGGUGUGAACGAAAAUGGCCUCUGCUGCCAAAGGCAAGAGGAAUUCCAGUGUAUCACUGGAUGUACGGGCUUCCUUUGGGAAGAAGAGGCGAAGAAGGUAUAGUGGUAGUGAAAGUGAAGAUAGCAGAGGGCCAUUUUCUGCAGCUCUUGGAAAGAUAAAAUUGACAGAUCCUCCAAUGUCCAAAAUUUAUAAUAGCUCUUUCAAAAAUAAUAAGCCAGCAGAGCUAUUUAGGAAAGAUUUGAUCAGUGCCAUGAAGUUGCCAGAUAGUGAUCAGUUAUCCCCAGAAGAUUACUGGUUAAUUUCAGAUUCUUGGAAACAAGAGUGGGAGAAAGGCGUCCAAGUACCUGUUAACCCAGACAACCUUGCUGAAACUUCUGUACGGGUGCUAAGGAAGAAAGAAAAGAAAAAUAGUUUUAAACUCCCCAAGAAAUACAUCAGGUGCUCACAUGACCAGUUUUUCUCCAACGAUCUUCAUGUUCUGACCAAUGUUGCUACUCAGGCUGAAAAAGUUUGCCGUUAUGAUCUGGAUGACCUUGAUGUUCAGUGGUUGAAGAGAUUAAAUGAAGAACUAGAUGAUCUAGGACAACCUUUGAUAGAAGAAGUCACAGUAGAGUACAUUAUUGAAGACUUAGAAACACAGUGCUUUGAAAACCUUGAAGAAGCUAUUAAAAGUGAAGAGGGCCUUGGCAUUGAGUAUGAUGAAGAUGUUAUAUGUGAUGUUUGUAGGUCGCCUGACUCAGAAGAAGGAAAUGAAAUGGUGUUUUGUGAUUUUUGCAACAUCUGUGUUCAUCAAGCAUGUUAUGGAAUCACAAACAUCCCAGAAGGAAGUUGGGUGUGUAGGACGUGUGUUCUUGGUGUUAGACCAGCAUGUAUUCUUUGCCCAAACAGGGGUGGAGCCAUGAAAACUACAAGGAGUGGUAGAAAGUGGGCCCAUGUUAGUUGUGCCCUCUGGAUACCUGAAGUUAGUAUUGGAAACGUUGAUAAAAUGGAGCCAAUUACCAAAAUAUCAGAGAUUUCACCUAGUAGAUGGUCUCUUUUGUGUUCCCUUUGCCGAGAAAGAGUUGGAGCUUGCAUACAGUGCUCAGUGAAAACAUGCAAGACUGCCUACCAUGUCACUUGUGCCUUCGAAAAUAACCUUGAUAUGAAAGCAAUCAUGGAGGAUGAAAAAGAUGAUGAUGGCGUGAAGUUAAGAUCUUACUGUCAAAAACACAGUCAAAAGAAAGAGGCAAAUCAUUCUUCUGAUUCAGAAGUUGAAAAGGAAAGUCCAAGAAAAAAAAAAAUGAGAAAAAUCAGACCCAAGAAAGAGUAUGAAAUGUCUAGUGAGGAUCGAGCAAAUGCAAGGGAGAAAAAGAUUGUACAGAUGUCAUCAGAGUUUUACAACUAUGUAAAUACAAAGGAGACAGCAGAUUUGUUACAGGUAGACCCAACUGUUGUGGAUUUCGUCUAUCAGUAUUGGAAACUGAAGAGAAAGGCUCAAUUUGACAAACCUUUACUUACCCCAAAAGAAGAAGAAACUGACAUACUAGGAAGGCAGCAAGAAGACAGCUUAUACACUCGCAUGAAAAUGUUUGUACAUUUACGACAAGACUUGGAAAGGGUAAGAAACUUGUGUUAUAUGGUGAGCAGGAGGGAGAAGCUUUUCCGUUCUUGGUUGAAACUAAGAGAGGAAAUAUUCCAGACUCAGGCCAGAACUUUAGCCAACAAAUCUCUCAAACUUACAAGCCAAGAUAUUGGAGCUGUGAUGAUAGCCAAUAAAGGAUCUUCUGUGUAUGACAAAAUGUAUUCCAUGGACAAAGAACCUGUACCCUGCACUUUGGCUGUGCUAGCAAGGCUCAAACCUGAAGAGUAUACUUACAUUGAAAAACCCGUAAAGAAGAAAAAGCUAAGACCUUCUACUCAGAGGCUUCCUAAUCCUUAUGCCAAACAGUACAUCAAUGGUACUUAUGCUCGUUCAAAACGGAGGUUGUCUGCUGUAGUGUGUAGGAAUAAAGGUCUUGAAAAAUCAUCUGAGCCUGUUUUUUGUGACUCUAAGAAUCAAGAUGAUAUAAAAAUGGAAUUAAUUGAUAGAUAUCAACCAGUUCAUUCAAGAGAACUGUCAGAAACUGUGGAUGUCAAGGUGAUAUCUACAGAUACAAGUAUAUCUACCAAUAACUCUCUAUCAAUGUCUUUGUCUUCAGUGGGUAUUGAAGGUUCAGAUGAGAAAGCCUCAACUUUAGAAAUUUCUAAAAAUGAGUUGGAUGGUGAUUUGGGAGAAAAUUAUAGUAAAAUGGAAUAUGGUGGUGAGGCUGAGGUGAAAAAACAUAAAGAAAUAGUUAGUGAGUCUGUGGAAAAGGUUAUAAACUGGGAAUCAAACAGUGAGCCAAUUAUGGAAUAUAAUGAAAAAGAGUUAGUUGAUGAGGACAAGGUGCAAGCUUGUAAAAUGGAAAUUGUUGAGGAAACCAAAGUUAAACUUAGUGAACAGGAGUUGACUAUUGAAACUGAGGUAGAAGCUAAUAAAAAUGAUUUAGCUAAUGAGGUAGAGAUGAAAGUUAAUGAACAAGAAUUGGUUAGCGAAGCAGAGGUGGAAGCUAGUAAAACAGAACUGGAUAUUGAGGAUGAGGUGAACGUUAGUAGAGAAAAAUUUAUUGGUGAAAUCGAAGUAAAAGAUAGUGAUAAAGAAUUGGUUGCUGAUGCUAGGGUGAAAGUUAAUAAAAAGGAAUUAGGUAGUGAAGAUGAGGUGGAAGUUAUAAAUAAAGAAUCAUGUGACGAAAUUGACAUAAAGGUUUCUGUCAACAACUCGGUUACUAUGCCCGAGGAAAAGAUUUCUACAAAAGAAUCAAGUUGUGAUUCAAUAGUAAAGACUCCUGUGGAAGAAUUGGGAGGUGGAGAUAUAGAACCUUGCCUAAAAGAAGUUGAAAGUGAGACUUCUUUACUGGAUAUAAGUGAAAAUACAAGAGAACCAGAGAAGGGCUUACCAAUUAACAAAUCUUCAUCAGAAUCAAACACUUUAAAAUUGAAUCUUGUAGAAAAAUUAACUGACCUCUUACCUGUGAUAGAAGAUUCUAGAAGUAAUAACGAAAAUGUGAUAGAUAUUAAAAACACUUAUUCCUUAGAACUUUUAAAAGAAGUUGAUGUAACACUUGAAAGAACUGAUCAGCUUUCAAAAUUAUCAACUCCAAAAUUGAAAGUUCCAGAAAAAUCACCCCUAGCUGCCACAAACUUGCAAAAAUCGUCAUCUUUACUAAAAACUCCAAAAAAAGAAGACAGAUCACUUUUAAGAACACGAUCCAGUUUAGAUCAUUCACCAGAUAAAGAUAGGCUGAGAGAAGAAAGUGCAAAAAUAUGUGAGUCCAUAUUUGCAACCACUGCUACUUCAAGGGGAUCAUUAAGCGGGUACCGAAUACCCAAGAAAGUCAAAUCAGAAAAUAAUAUUUUGGAAAACACAAGAGGAAAUUCGCCUGUUUCACCUCUUUCUGAAGUUUCCUCCCCAAAGAAAGAUACUUUCUCAACAGGCGAUAAUUAUCAAAAGUUCCGAACAUCUAGAAACUGGAGUAAUAGUAGGGACUUAAUUAGUCACUCUACACUACUAAAUGGUGAAAACCAAGGUCAGUCUAAGAGGCUAGUCAUCAAACUACGGAAAGAUCCAAACUUUCCUGAUUCUCCUAGGUGGAAGAGAGACCCCACUUUUGGGGAAGGCACCGAUGCUUUUAAAGUUGUACAAAAUGACUGGCAGUCACCGCCCAAAAGAACAGAUCGCCACUUACGCUCUGACAGAAGAUCUGUACUGUCUAAUCCAACAUGGUUGGCUAAAGAAGACUGUGGUAGUAAAGAAAAUGGUGCAAAUAGUAGAUAUUCAAUGAGAUUUAGAACUACUCAAAACAUGUCUAAACCGGAUACAGGGGUUAGCUAGCACAUGUUGUUCUCGUAUACUAACUAAAAGUUAACAUAAACUUUUCCAAGCACAAACUUCUAUAAAUACUGGUAGCGAUAAAUUUCUUCCCCUUUAUAUUACAUUUGUAAAUUUAUACAUUGUUUGUAAAACAUCUGUAAAUAUAUUUUAAACGUCAUCCUAUUCAUUUCAAAUGUAAAAAGUUUGUAUGAGUUUUGUAUAUCCAAAAAAUGUAGGUAACUGCUUAGUUGUUAAGAAUUUCUCUGUUAUAAUGUGUAUACUUUUUGCCUUAUGUGACACUUAGUGUUAAAUUAUAAUGUAAAAUCAAGUGCACUGGAUACCUUAGGGCCUGUAUAGAAGUUGUUGGUUUGAACAGUUAUAAUUACCGUUUUUUUCGAAAUAUAAGACGCACCCUUAUUUUGAAGACAAAGUUUUGGGGGGAAAAAAG